AGUCUCUCUUGCAAUAUGACUGACCCUCUGCGCAGGCCAAGGCAGCAAGGCGCUCUCUUCGGACAGCGCGCUGGCGCAGCAGGGAACGCGCUCCGGCGGCGACGUUCCUCGCAUGCCGAGCCUGCCGCGCGCAGCCAUCAUCGGUCGCGCAAGCGAGGACAUGCUUCGCCCGUCGCGCACGGCGAUGAGCCGCACUCCGACGGGCGACGGCAGUGGGCGUCCUGGCGCCGGAGGUGUGCACGGACAGACCGACGCAUCAGGCAUGCCCCUGCAGUACAGCCACCCGCCGCACAGGCACAGCCCGUCGCUGCCUACCGAGCUGUCCGGCAUGUACGGCCGUGCUGGCAGCAUCGGCGGCCUCAUGUCGUCCGGCGCGGUCUCGUCCGACGCUCGCCUGAUGCCACAGCACCACCAGAGCACGGCCGCGACUCGAGACGCCGAGCUUGUCGGUCUUGGCAUGCAGCGCCGCCAACGCAGUCCCUCGCCUGCGCCGCCCAGCGCUUCGGCGUCGCCUCAGCUCGGCUCGGCGCACAUCUCGCCGUCGACUUCGUCGCAGGGCUGGGCAGCCGGCGGUAGCGUCGGUCGAGCAGGUGCGCGUGGCUUGCCGCAGAACGCCUCGCAGUCGAGCCUCGCCUCUGCCUCGGCAGCUCCCAGCAACCUCUCCAGCACCGACCUCAACACCUUCUUUGCGCGUCCGCCGGACUUUGACCCGUACGCCUCGAACCAGUCGCUGUCGCCCAGCGGCGGCAGCUCGGGCGGCCGCGACUAUGCCGAAAGCGUGUCGAGCACCAAGUCGCGCACUCGCCGCAUCAAGACGUUCCUCACGAGCAUGAAGCGCUGAUCGCCCCUACUCUCCCUCCUUCUCGCACGGCUACCUUAUCCACGUCUCCACGCCUGUCACUCUAUGUAAAUCUCUCCCUCCUGGUCCAUUCGCGCACUCAUUCAUCAACCCUCUCCGACCACGCAUCCCGUCACGCGCCUCAGA